CUCUAACCCUCCUCCUGCUGUCUACACUCAACAGGGAUAUGUAGCUAAUCUGAUGGUUCUCUUGGUCUUGGGGGAGAUGCGACCCACGACCACGAUUUAAGUUUGACCAUGGAUUUCGAAGGAACGAUCGAUAUACCCUCUUCGUUCCCUUGCUCCUGUACGGCUGUACCCAUUAGCCUUCGCCUGGAUCGAAUAGGAUCGAAGCAAAGGAGAGAGGAUGUACGAGAAGUCCGGAACGGCGACAAGGACUCCGGCCCAGUGCGGACCACCGGCGACCUCAAGGGCGCUCUCUCCUGGAGCACGGGACAGCAAUUAAGUGAGUGAAAACAGGUCGUGCAGAAAAACAGGAAAGCCUGUUAUAGUUUCAAUGGCUUCUUCAAAGCUUCAAGCUUUUUGGAACCAUCCUGCUGGCCCCAAAACCAUUCAUUUUUGGGCUCCAACAUUUAAAUGGGGUAUCAGCAUUGCGAACAUUGCCGAUUUCGCCAAGCCACCGGAAAAGAUAUCCUAUCCUCAGCAAGUUGGUAUGUCCAUGCCAGGCAAUUCUGCACUUGUGUUCCAGACAACAUGCCCACUUGUUUACUACGCAAUCCUUGUGUACUUCUCACAUGCUACUUCUGUUGUAUCGCGUGCAGCUGUUGCUUGCACUGGAAUCAUCUGGUCACGCUACAGCAUGGUCAUUACACCGAAAAACUGGAACCUUUUCAGUGUAAACGUUGCAAUGGCCGGCACAGGCUUGUAUCAGCUUUCCCGUAAAAUAAGGAAAGACUACUUUGAAGAUGAGAAAGAGGUUGCCGCAUCACUGGAAGGAUAGUGACGAACGGAUUAAUCGACUGAAAGCCCCGCUGCCUAAAAUUCAGUGUGCCGCAGGGAUGUGUCGUUUCAUCUGAGACAGGAAUCCAUUGUUUCUUUCCAUGUCCGAAUUGGUUUGUGUCGCUCAGUUGCACCCAUGAACAGAGCAAUGUGCAAAAUUUACACAAACAAGCAAAUAUUUCUUUAUGCAUUGUGCAAAAAAAAAAACAUGCAAAUACAUCAA